GACGUCAUAUUUGCCUUGUUGGAAGGAGCAGAGGAGGGAGAGGCCAAAGCAGCUGAUCGGGAGUGAACCUCGUCCUCGGUGGCCCCUUGGUGGCCGGAGAGUGUCCAGGAUGUGGGGGUCACCCGAUGACCUGAGUGACCAGGAGGAGGACCUGCUGGACUUCUUGAUGGGGGGGCGCCCAGGACUCCUUGGCGCCUCUAGAGGACAGCUGGACUCUCCUGCCAGAGGUCUUCCAGGAGGAGGAGGAAGAGGAGCUGCUGCGGAGCCUCUGGACGGAGGACCCUCUGCCCAGGAGCAGCCCCUCGCCCUCCAGCCCCGGCGUCCACUCCGAGCACAACUACUCCUCUCUCUCGAACCCAGAGCCCACCGAUAGCAGCAGCAGCAGCAGCAGCAGCAGCAGCAGCAGCAGCAGCAGCAGCAGCAGCAUGGACAAUGGGGGCCAGGUGGCCAUCGACCUUGCAAACGAUGGAUGGAGGGGGCGACCAGGGCAGCAUCUUCCCAGCCCCCCAGCAGCUCCUGCAGAUUAGUCCAGUAGAAGCCCCAUUGAGCCAGUAGGGGCUGGACAAUGUGAAGGGAAGAAAGUGGGGAUGCUGACCCCUUCUGAACCCCACCGGUGUGAUCCUCACCUCCUCCUCCCCCUUUUCCAGAGCUAUGGGUGGACACCUCAGAAGCCUCCGAGGGACUCUCCUGCUUUGGGGGCAGCAGCCCAGAGGGUUCUGGGCUCCCUGUUUCUGUGUCCAUUGAAGAGGAGCCUUUGCCCCCCCAACUUACAGUGUGAUGGCUUCCCUCAGCUGAUCCUGACCGAGGAAGAGAAGAGGCUCCUGGAAAAGGAGGGGACCACCAUCCCCUGCGACCUGCCCCUCACCAAGGCGGAAGAGCGGGUCCUCAAGAGGGUCCGGCGGAAGAUCCGCAACAAGCAUUCUGCACAGGAGAGCCGGCGGCGGAAGAAGGUUUACGUGGAUGGCUUGGAGAGCAGAGUGGUGGCUUGCACGGCCCAAAACAACGAGCUCCAGAAGAAGGUGCAGCAGCUGCAGAAGCAGAACCUGUCUUUACUGGAACAACUGAGGAAGCUGCAGGCCAUGGUCCAGCAGUCGUCCACCAAGACCACCACGGCCGGCACCUGCGUCCUAGUGAGUGACCGGCCCCUGGGCAGUCCCUCUCAUGGGAUGCGCACUGCCCAGGCCCAGCAUGGGUCUCUUUCCUCUGGGGGGCAGCGGAGGGGCAGUGUGACGCUGGCCCACAUUUAAAUGGUCAAGGCCAGUGGCUCCUGCCCCACCUGCAGCUGGACUCUGACCACCACUAUGCCAUUUUUUCCUGCCCAGGUCCUACUCCUGUCCUUCUGCCUGAUCCUCUCGCCCAACCUGUUCCCCUUUGGCGGCCAGGAACGUCAGCUGGAGCUGCAGGGAGGUGAGUCCCAUGGAGGGCAGGGGGGCAAUGGACUGGUGGCUAGGGUGCAGUGGGGCU